UUUUGCUUCCCAAAUUUCAAGCAUGCGUGUUGUGGGCUGAACUGUUCGAAAACAGCAGCGCGAAAAAGUAGCUCGGCAGCCGACAAAUGUUAGCUAUCUGUUUAGUUUGCGACUCUACGUGUAGAUGUGUAUGACAUCAUUACAUAACCAUAGGUAGCGAUAGCACCAGUUUGUUGUUGCUUUACUAGUGUGGUUUAUUUACGUCAGCGUAGCCAGACGCUACAUUACCUUUUUCAUUACGCUUAAAUUAUCGUUAACUAGCUAACAGGUAUGAAACCCACACGAGGUUCUAACCGAGCGGCAUCAAAAACACCAAACUUAAAAAAGAAGAAAAAAACCGACGAGACGACGAAACAACAAGAAACAGUGCACGAGGACCUGGAGCUCAGCGUCAACAACAGCGGCAAGAGCACCGACCCAAAACCAGUACAGAAGAGGAAAGCCGAGGGCUCUUCUUCAGCACCAAAGAAAACCAAGAAAGCCAAAGGGCAGGACAACUGGGUGCUGAUACCGCGGUCCUCCGUCACUGCUCUGGAGAACAUAAUGGACCUGUCAGUACUAGCAACUCUUGCUUUGAGGCGGACAGAGAAGAAAGAGAGCCAGGAACAUCUGAACAUAAUGAAAAACAGGUUCCUUGCUCAGUGUGCACAGCUCAAAGUUCCAGUGCAGAAACAGAAGAAUUUGGCGCGUUCAUCUCACCGCAACCAGGAGGAGACCAAGAAGUCAGUAGUUGGAAAGAAGACUCUGGACACACUGAAGGGAGACUUGAGGGCAGUGGUCCGUGCUCUGGAGAGUGCAGAGGAGCAGACCACCUCUUUACAGCACACAUGCAGCACACUGAGAGACCAGGUGGAGGAAGAGGAAGAGAAAGCUAAAGAGUACUUACAGAUAACUGAGCAAGCAGUUCUCAACCUUCCUCUUCACCUUCCACACAAAGAUGAAACAACAUUAGAGACUUGGAUGAGAAAAACUGUACCAGACAGUGACUCUGAGACUACUGCCCGAAAACUGGGAGAAAUUUUGCAGAAUUCAGAGGCUAUCCAUGAUGCCCAGGUGCUGCUUGUACAUGCACACAAACACGUAGAUCUGCUUUUCAGCCCCAACCUCACCUGAGUCAGUGGUGCACCUUUGUUCAGACGGAUUCUAGACAAAUCUCUUCCUUUUUUUUUUUUCCUUUUUUUUUUUUUUAAAAGGGAAGUUUACAGUUCUAAGUAGUGUGCACACAUUCAUUGCACUUUUGCUGUGUGGCGAAACAUUUCUUGGUCAUGGUGACUUGGUUCUACUUUUUAUGGUUGUGGGACAUUUGCAAUAAACAAAUACAGCCUGAAAAUUGCAGCCACUAUGUGUAUGUAUAUCUGAGACCAAUAGUAGUAUUAUAGUACUAAAGAUGGCACUUGUGUGAACCCAGCAAAGAAAAAUCAUGUAAGAAAGUAAAAUAUGCAGAAAACUGGCAUUCACACUCUGCAAAAUGUUGCUCCUUGUUUCUUCUCUAGUUUUCUGCCUUCUGUUUUUUUUUUUUUUUUUAACAGCAUUCAGUUAAGUGUGAACAUUAAAAAUUGAGUUGAUGGUUACACUGUGGAUACAUUCUUUUGGUGGAAAGAAAGUUCCAACUUCUGUCAUAAUUUAAGCCCAAACACCAAAACAAAACAUUUCAUUAAA